AUUACCUUCCUGCUGUCUAGUACAGCACUAAAAACUGUCAGUGAGGUUAGAGGGGGUAAGAAUUCCUCAAAUCGGCGACUGCCGUUUAAACAGCGGUGUGAAUGUCCAAAUCUGUGCUUUUGUGUUAUUACAUACGUAACGUGUGACCCUGAGGAGAAAAACAACCGCGUUCUCAUCCAAACUGUACAGGCCAACAGUAUCUGAACUAGAUCAAACAGUGUGCUGUAAUACAGCGAGCAAAUGGCGUUGAAAAGAAUCCAAAAGGAACUGACAGACCUACAGAGAGAUCCACCAGCCCAGUGUUCAGCAGGUCCGGUCGGAGAGGAUUUGUUUCACUGGCAGGCAACAAUAAUGGGGCCGAAUGACAGUCCAUAUCAAGGAGGGGUUUUCUUCCUUACGAUUCAUUUCCCAACAGACUACCCAUUUAAACCACCAAAGGUCGCAUUCACAACAAAAAUCUACCACCCCAAUAUUAACAGUAAUGGCAGUAUUUGUCUGGACAUCCUGCGAUCUCAAUGGUCACCUGCACUCACUGUAUCCAAAGUCUUGUUGUCCAUCUGCUCCCUGUUAUGUGACCCGAACCCAGAUGACCCGCUGGUACCUGAGAUCGCACAUACAUAUAAAGCAGACAGAGAAAAGUACAACAGACUAGCGAGAGAAUGGACGCAAAAGUACGCCAUGUGAGAGUGCCUGCGACUAAAACACUACAGAAUCAAACGGACAGAGAAACACGUUUUUACUUUUAACAAGAGGAGUAAAAAUAAGUGAAUGUUGAGGGGAGGGGACAACUAAACAACAGACCCUUGGAAGGGAAGCAGAAGGCGGAGGUGAGAGGCGCUGGUUGGAAAUGUUGGCCGCUAUGUGCUGAAUUCGCUGUCAUGUGCCGUUCUCCCAGACCCGCCGUCGGAACGGCUUAACCUGGAAUACUCCAGGAAAACUGUAAAACCGGACAAACCUCGGGGUACCACAACCCAGGAAGUUAGACUUGUACUACUGUUAGUUCUAUUAUUACUGUCAUUGUGAUUUUCUCGGUGUUACUCGUCAUCAUUGUUUGUUAGUGCGCUAUGUUUUGCUGAAACAUCGGGAUGAAGUUGGAAUGCUGGUGACACACACAUUUCACAAUCUCAUUGGAGUCCAUAUGGAAACCAUCAUUGUUUGUGUACUCGAACUCAACACACUUUCCAUUUUCCAACAGUUUGCGAUAGAAUGUAAAAAGAUAUUUUUCGGGUGUCAGAAAGACCUUAGUGUAGUGUCCGCCUUCCAACUUCCUGCCAUUUCAGUGUUACGAAUGAAUGUGAUUAGGAAAAGGUUGUGUCCCUAUUGAGCAAAUGUGAUUUAAUUUUGUUUUUGUUUUUGUUUUUUAAAUGUAGGUCAAUAGUCAAGUGAGUCUACAUCCUUGUGCUAUAAAAAAGAAAGAAACAUAACAACGUGUCCUAACCAGACGUGAUGCGAUGAGAUUCCUGCAACAAUCGUCUCCUUUACCCUCAUUUAAUAUUCUCUACAUUACAUCACUAAUAUGAAAACGAGUGAGCGAAUUCGGACACUGAAAAGCACCAAAACGGUCACAGGAAUUAAUUCGCUUUGACCCUCAUACUGCAUAGCUAUCAUGGGAUGAGUGCACUCGAUGGUGUCAACUAUGGUUUCAGACGCCACUACAAAUGUCUGUUCCCUCAAAUAGUGCACUAUAUAAGGGUAUAGGGGACGAUUUCUGAGACAGCCAAGCCAUUUGUCUGUCCACACAAGAUGCAGCAAGGCAACAAGACAAGGGCUGCUUUUAACUCCACUUUUAGACACUUUUUACACUUGUGAACGUCUAAGCACUUCCCCUCAGGGGAAUCCCCGCUGCCAUUUUGAAGUGCGUUCAACUUUGUCCAGUGGACGAGUGGGGUUUAUUUGGACAGACCCUCAAUUCCUCGAUUUUGACAGAGGGAGCAAGUCGACUCGUAGCAUGACUAUGAUUUCACAACCGCAGCUAGCAUAGCAGAUUCCAAGUGAUCAAUGGCUUAGGGCGUUCCAUUUAAACAUACUGCAAGGGUUCCACCAGUAGUGGGCGCUCGUGCAACGUAAGCAACGAUGUACAUCCGAGACGGAGGGAAGUUAGCCAAAGCCACUUGAAGGCAAGCCUGCAACCUUAGCCAAAAAAACCCGUAACGCCUGCUAAUGCUGUUGUACGCAGGGAAGGAGAUGAAACCGUUUUGUUUUUAGUGGGUGUCAAUGGAGGAGAGGCUGAAUAAAACGCUUUUGUGAGGAAAUAGCUUAUCAUAUAAUGAAUGGACUGUCCAUCAGCUAAUCUUCAACAUGUUUGCUUUUAAACAUUUGUUUUGGGUUGAUCUAUUUUUAGACUUUACACCAACAAAAAAAAUGUCGUUUUAAAAGAGUAGUUUUCGGGACAGGUAUGAUUCAGUUUGCGACACUUCUGAUUAAUUUCUGUGGUAUCUGCAAACAGUGAUUGACUGACGUCAGGGCUGUAAUGUGAUUGGUUAUCAAGGCACACGUGAUCCAAGUUAGCCGUUAAGCUUUUUCCAAUGGUAGCGCCACAGACCAUCACCAAAGUCUCUUUAAGAUGAGUCAUUUCACUCGGCGGCCAUCUUUGAAACGCCUUUCUCUCGGGCAUGCAAGCGCAGCUCCUAUCUCUUUGAAUGGGGAAACAUCAAAUUCUCCAAAGCUGUUGGCAAAUCUUUCAAUUCAAAUUCAUAUUUGAAAUCGCCAAUGAAAUUUGACAACUAUCUCAUAAAUUUUGUUUCUAAACACUCGAAUCAUGACAAAAAAUCCUAAUCACGCAUCUCUAGGAAGCGCGCGUCUGACGUUUCUAUAGCAACCGAGCUUCUAACGGCAGCUGCAGUGACGCAAUGACUUUACCAAUCGCCAAUUGGCUCUUAUUUAGAAGGCGGGACUUAUUCCUCCAUAUUGCGUGUUGCACUUUCUCCCAUUCAUAUGAGCAGUGUUGCCAAGUCCGUGUUUUUUCGCGGAAUUGGGCUAUCGGUUGCGCUGUUGCCGCUGGUUGUUUUUCAUGUCUGCGGGUUGAAGCGACCCCAAAUAACAUGAUAUUUAGCACCUGAAUGUGAAUUUUACCCCUGGAACACAAUUUUUACCUGAAACGGGUUUUGGGCAGGUUUUGUUGUGAAAACCUGGCAACUCUGCAUACGAGCACCGUCUUUGUAGAUCUAAAGUCUUUGCCAUCACUGAGUUAGUGAGAGAAGGGCAUAAAAAAUCAAUCAAUCACAAAUCACAGCCAAUCAGAAGAGCAUGUGGGCGGAGCUUUAUCUGGAAGCGCACUGCUGACUGAAAUGGUUAACUACAUAAUCAAUUGAAUAAAAAUUAAACAAUUUUAACAUUAUUCAAAAUUCUUGGAAUACACACGUUUGUUCAAAGUUUGAAUGUUCUUGUUUCCUUACUUUGCAGCGUCGCGUCUCAUUAGGACACGGUGUUAUUAUUUAUUGGAUUUUUGUUUGUAUUAUUUGGUUAUAAUCAUAUCUCCAUUUGACAUACUCUUUAUUUAAUCUAGAAUGUCGUUUUACAGAAUUAAGGUGGCCGUUCACACAGGAGACGUUCUUGCUUUCCAUUUGUCCUAUAUUUUUAAUCGAUGCUCUGUGUAAACACCUUUUUGUUUUUCAAAUGCAGUGUAGUGUUCAGUUUUAAAAGAAUAGACCAAUCAUAUGAACCUGGGGGAAGUUGAGCAUAUUUACAUAUGGACAAGCAUAUUGUCUAAAUAUGAAACUGCAUCUGGAAAGUUCCGUUAUCUUGUUUUUAUUGCAAGAACACAUCCUGUGCGAACAGCUGCUAACUUUAAUUCACCUCAGCCGCAUGUGCAUGAUAUGACUGAUGUGUAAGUAUUUGUUUUGAUAAGUAUUGUAAAGUUGCUUUAGGAAUCAAGGCAGAUUUUUAUACUUGUCUUAAAAAUUCACCCAAUUUGCUUGCAGAAAAAAAGAGGGAGCAAAAAUGCUGAACGGUGGGACUGUGUGGGGGAAAAAAAGAAAAGAAAUGCCACCAUUUCUGCCAAAUGUAAUUAUGCCCCUUUCAAAUGUGCAGGCAAAGGGCAUGACAUAGCGUAUGAAUGCAAUAUUUUUCGGCUAUUUAGCAUUUAUCUGUCUACAAGAGUGUAAUCCUUAACAAUCUUUAGAUACUCUUGUUCCUGUAGUCACUAAUAUUACUAACUUUUGACAGAGUAGAUGGUACGUUUGAUGUAUGACCAGCACAGGUGCUGGACUGAAGUACUUUUAUUGUAAAUUAAUUUUUUUUUUUUAAAAACACGCUCAUCAACUCAUGGCUGCCUAUUUCGAGGUGGAUGAUCAAGAUGUUUACACGGAGCAGAAUGAAAAAUGUUUCAUCACUUGUCCGCACUGGAGCUCGGAAGAAAGUCGCCUCUCAAACGCUCUCUGUUGGGAAAGGAAGUGUGAAGAUCUCCUCACCCUCAUCUCCUGGUGCUGCUCUUCACAAGCCACAUGGCUCAAGACUCCCUGAAAAGGGCUAAAUAUUGCCAUGAUUAUAUUUAGCACCAUAUUUGUGUAUACUGUCACUAAGAGAAAUGAUACUUGUGUCUUGUGGAUAGGCUUUUAAAGGGAUAGUUUACCCCAAAAUGUGAAUUCUGCAAUCAUUUACUCACCCUCAUGUUUUUCCAAACCCAUUUGAUGACUUUCUUCUGUAAAAACACAAAAGGAGAAACUUUUAAUAAUGUUCAUGCUGCUGUUUUCCAUUUAAUGAAAGUGGAUGGGUACUGUGAACUUUCAAGCUCCAAAUAAAAAGUGCCAUAAAAGUUGCUUAAAAUCGCAAUUGUGUCUUGACAGCAUGUGGUCACCGCUCACUUUCAUUGUAUGGAAAUGAGCAGCUUGGACAUUCUGCUAAACAUCUCCUUUUGUGUUCCUGAAACACAAAAUAUGAUGGUGCGCAAGUAAUGACAGAAUUUUUCUUUUAAAUUGAACGGAAUGUAAAAUUUUAUGCCAACUUUUCCUGACAAAAUGUUUCAUUACUAAAUGUGGCUCUCUGGUUGUAGUAGAAUGUUACGUUUAUUUAUUUAUUUGCUAUUUAUUUGUCGUCUUCCAGUCAUCAGCUCAAAUGCAGUCGGCCUGGAAUUACACGUUGCUCCUCUCUGGUGCUUCGUCUGAAGCGGCCAGUGGAGUUGCAGUGGAGUUUUGAGAUUGUGCUACAGUAAGGCAGUAUAGCAUGCUUUGCACUCUGAUAGGCUUCAACCUUUUUCCGCAGCUAUUUGCAAGAUAUCAGGGAUCUUUUUCCAUUCUCGCACCUCCCCAAGACCCUCAAUAAAACCUUAGCCUUAACCAUCAAUGUAUAAGCAGCUGUACUGUAUACUUUGUGUUUUAACUGUGGAUUGGUACUGUACUACUUUGUGUAUCACAUACACAUGUACACAGAGCCAUAAUGACCUCUCCUUGCUAACCGUUUGUGCUAGAAAACCCUGUCAUCUAACCAGCUCUCUCCUCAUGAAAUCACUCAGUACAGCUGAGACUAACCUCCAAGGUGUCAACUUUAGUGAAUAAAGCUCCUUUUGUUUAA